AUGGAUCGUAUCUCACCAAGAAACAAUGAAUACCACAUCGAUGAAGACGGUCACUUCAAUGAAAGCUACUACGACAAACUUUUGAAGUACACUGCAUGUGUUGACGGUGAAACAUUGAAUGCUGUACAAGAUGAAUGUUAUGUUACAUUAGUGGAAGCGAUUGAAGAUAUCGAUAAUAUUCCAUUUGAAAUCAACAAUGUCAGAGAGCUAGCGGUGUUCGACUGUGUUAAAUGUCAAAAUGACGAAGAAAUAGAUCAAGCUCACAGUAUGCAUCAAGCUGGAUUUACAUUUCAAAACAUUGCUCAAGGUAUUCAAAAGUAA